UGUGACAUGGCCUGCAGAGCCAACACUGAGCUGAAACCUCAGAGCUUUAAAUUCACAGUUCUCUCUGAGCAGAUAAACAAACUUGAGGAGGACAAAUCUGCUUCACAUGUGACAGACUCUGACUCUGCACCUGAUGCAGUCCCUGAUGCUAUUCUCCGGGUGGAAGGAGAGAGUUUUUAUGUCAACCGUCAACGCCUGGCCCUUCAAAGUCCCUACUUCAGGGCGCUGUUUUUUGGCGGUGGCCUGGAGAGCAGCAAAAAGAGAGUGGAGAUCAAGGGUGUGAGUCUGCAGCAUUUUAGGGUUUUGAUGGAAUACAGCAAGACACUCAGUCUGGCUCUGGACAGAGAAAAUGUUCUGGGGAUCCUUGAGACUGCUGAUUUUUUACAACUGGAGCGAGCCAGACUGCUGUGCUGCAAGUUCCUGGAGCGUGAGCUGCAUCUCAGUAACUGCCUGGGAAUGAUGGCCUACGCCUGGCAGCUGGGCUGCACUCAGCUCUACGCCGCAGCACGACAGGUGGUGCUCACACAUUUCUCUGCUAUUGUGGCUGAGGAGGACUUCAUGUCCUUGUCUAAGGAGAGCGUAGCAGACCUUCUUGCCUGUGAUGACCUGGCCAUCUUUAAAGAUGAUCUGGCCCUGGAGGCCACCCUACGCUGGGUGUCUUUUGACCCCAAACGAGAGGAAUAUUUUCAGGAGCUCGUGGAGCUGGUGAGGCCUGAGUCGCUCUCUGUACCAUUUGUCACUGAACUUUUGAUCAAAAUGAAAAGCUCUGACCCCGUAGCCAAGCUCAUCUGCAAGCUGGAUGAACAUUUCCCGGCAUCUUGGUCAAUAGGAAGGUCAGUGAAGAGGAUCAGGGCCAGAGAGACCCUCUUUGUCCUGGGUGGACCUCACGAUCAGGAGCAGCAGUCACUGUACCAGUUUCACCCGCACAGUGGAAGAUGGCAGAGCUGUGCACCUCUGCAGAGGAAGAACCUCACACAGUACUCAGUAGCUGCAGUAGGAGACAAGGUGAUCGUGACAGGCGGCUACUUCCGGGACGUGCUGUGGUUCAGUGUGGACUGGGUCAGGAUAUACGAAUGUGGGAACCAGCGCUGGGUGGAUGGGCCGGCCCUGCAGAAGUCCAGGCACAGUCACUGCUCCAUAGGGCUGGACUCUGUACUGUACGUCCUGGGGGGCAGCAUGGACGAAGGGCUUGUGGCUAACGUGGAGAGGCUGGUCCUGGGGUCAGAGGAGGGCUGGGUGGAAGUCAGCCCCUUGGUCAGGGCUGUGGAGAGAGCCGCCACUGCUGCUCUGGGGUCAUGUAUCUACGUGGCAUGUGGCCUGGAUGAAAACGGGGAGGUGUAUGGUGGAAUUCAGAGGUACAUGGUGAAGGAGGAUCACUGGGAUGUGGUCUCCUAUUCUCCGUUUCCACGAUAUGACCUGGUUGCCACAGAGCUCAAUGGUGCCCUCUACCUGUUUGGAGGCCUCGCCUUGCGCUUUGACGUGGAGACAGAUGAGUGGACUGUGCUAGAGGAGGAAAGUCUGGACAGGAAGUUUUUCUGUGGCUGCACAACAGUCACUGGACAGAUAUACUUGGUCAGCGAGAGGAAGAGUAACAAAGCAUUCCCAAACAUGGUGCUGAUGGACCCCUACAUAGACACCUGCAUUGAGGUAGAUGAUGCCAUACCCUGCCCGGUGCCCCUCAGAGGGUGCGUCACCAUGAGGAUGUUCCUGUGACCGAAGGAAAGCACGUUCAUCUUGUUUGUGGUUCUGUUAAAGACUGUACUGAAUAAUUCAAAGCCUCCUUCAUGAUGUUGACAUUUGAAUUCUAAAUCCAAAUUCAGAUGCUAAACAGCUUUUUUUUUUUGCAUGUUUAUUAAUUCUUUUUAAACCCAGUAUUUCUGCACAGUUGCGCAUAAAGAUGAGCACAAACUAAUAUUAAUAGUAUUAUAUUAUUUGUGUAUAAUGAGAUAUUCCAGUGGUGGUUGCAUAGGAGUGUUUCCGACUUGUGUGAUCCAAACCUUUCCAGUAUCUCCAGAGCAUUGCAAAAUAUCUAAAAGUCAAAAGAAAGGAAGUGUUUAUCUCAUGAUAUGUUCUGCUUAAACCCAUAUUUGUUGGUGUUUGCUCUCCUGCUUGUCGCGCACAAAGGAAGACACGCACCUGUAUUAAUGAGGCAGUCUAGCUUGGUGCAGAUCUUCCUGUAGGCGACAUAGGCAGCUGUCACAUAAAAAACCAAAAAAAAAACAAACAUCCGACACAAGUGAAAUUGUGGAGUAGAGUUUAUGUGGAAAGAGUUUGAGUAAGAAAAAAUGAAUAGGCAAAAGCCUUUCUGGCUGCAGUAUAAGCGAAGAAGAUGAAAUUUGCACACACCGUAUGUUCUUAUUGUUUGUUAUUUAUUAUUGUUGUUUGUCACCUGUUUAUUUGUGUUGAUUUUUCAUUAGGUAUUUUUGUUGUUGGUAAUAAAUAAAAUAAAAUAAAAUAAAUGUAAAAGGGGUGGGGGUAGGGUGCCAGUGGAAGUUUGCCAAGGGUGCCAAAUGUGUUGUUUCCGGCACUGGAGCAACACUCUAACAGCACUAUAAAUACAUUUAUAAAUUGAAGAAAAUUAAUUAAAUAAAAAAAAACAAAAAAAAAACACCCCAAGUCAUUUAAUCUGAUGCAUCACCAUAUCAAAACUGAGAAUUUUGUUGGAGAAUUAAAAGAAAUAUCAGGGUGAUGACAUAAAAAGAAAAUGACAGUCAUUCAAAGCCUUAUUUUAAAAGCCUUGAAAAAUAUAUAUAUGUAUACAUUAGGAGUGGGGGAAAAAUUGACACAGCAUAGUAUCGCGAUAUUUUUGUGCAACAAUAUCAUAUUGUCACACAGUGCCAUGUAUUGAUUUUUUAUUAUAUAUUUUGUUAAUACUACAAAUAAAAAUUAAACUUUAGGUACCCUACUAGACUAAUAUAAUGAAUUGCUUUUUCAGUCCACUAGAUACAUUUUGCUGCUGAAAAAAAAAGCUCAACUCAGAUGAAGAGACCGAAAGUUUUAUAUUAUUAGAUAAAACAGAUAUUAACAAAGUUUUCAUUAAAAAAAUACAGUUGAAAAAAGGUAAUAAAUCACAAUAUAUCAUCACAAAAUAUUUUAGCGCAAUACUCAGCAUAUCGCAAAAGAUUUAAAAUGGCAACAAUAUUGAAUUGAGACUUAAGUAUCAUGAUAACAUUGUAUUGUAUCAAUUCUCUGAUGAUUCUCAUCCCUGAUAUAUAUGUUAGUAUAUAUACAUACAGUGGGUACAGCCCUAGUUACAGUAUGUAUAUGUGUUUAAGAAAAGUGCCAUUU